AAUGACGUUCUAUCACGUGUUUGGUUUGUUUCGGUUUAACCAUUUCCGGUUUCUUAUUUCUUCGAAUUUCGUUUUCCCGGACAGAUCCAUCCUUCUUGCUAUACACCUUUUUGAGAUGUCUGUUCGUCACUACGUGCUAGGUUGCUGUUGUAUUACUGAUGGGAAAGACGACGACAUUCGAUCACCACGUGACAGUUACCUACCAUUCACCAACGAGUCUGUCGAUCAUCACAACAAGAAAGACAGCCAGUCGAUAGAGCUAACCACACUAGGAUGCCAGGAGACGGGGCUAAAAUCUCUCAAAGGACUACAUGUAACUGACACACGACCGGGCAAGGGGGACGGCCGGACAUGGCGAGAUGAAGAUCUUUGCUUCAAACACCGACGCGUGAUUUACUGCCGACGGACGUCGCUGAGUAUGACGAACCUAUUUGACCCCUUACAAAUGGAAAAGGAAGAGGAGACUAACCAAUGCUUAUCACCAGCUCAGAAACGCUGUACAUUUCCACCAUCUCGGACGAGAAACGGAAUGAAGAUUUUCGCGGGACAAAACCCAUUGGAAAAUUAUCGCAGAUUAGAAUCGGACACGGACAGCUCGAGCAGGGACAGUAUUUCUACGUCAUCAUCCUGUGAGACCACAGGCCAGGAACCGGAAGUGGUUUUACGAAAGAAGCCAGAGCAAAGUAUAGACCGCAAUUGUCACGCAAACAAAGGUUACGUGUGUGUUAAAUCCAAAAUACCAGAAGCAGAACUACCAAGACUGGAGUCAAACUGUCCUCUUUGUAAGGCGGAAAGCAAGGAUAGCAAGGAAAGUGGAGUGACACUGAACACAUGACCGGGACUAUAAAUCUGAAUUGAAUAAAUAGAGCUCAAAGCCGAA